CCCUAGAAGGCCAACCCCUCUAUUCGGACUACAUGAACAAAAGAAAAUGAUAGCAUAAUCGAAAGAUUUAUUCUCCAAUGGAAGCUCUAGGUCACGUUAGCAUUAGCCUCUUCCCAUUCCAGAAAUGCCGAAUUCCACCGGCGACGAAACUCAGUCGUAGCCAAACCUCAGUUCCGACCACCACUAUCUGUUCUGCUAGCAGAUGGGCCGAUCGUCUUCUCUCCGACUUCAAUUUCACUUCCGAUUCCUCCUCCUCCUCUGUUGCCACCGCCACCGCCACUCUCGUCUCUCCGCCACCAUCUAUUGAUCGUCCCGAACGCCACGUUCCCAUUCCUAUCGAUUUCUACCAGGUUUUGGGAGCGGAGACGCAUUUCUUAACUGAUGGAAUCAGAAGAGCAUUCGAAGCUAGGGUUUCGAAACCGCCCCAAUUCGGUUUCAGUGACGACGCAUUAAUCAGCAGAAGGCAGAUUCUUCAAGCUGCUUGUGAGACACUUUCGAAUCCUCGGUCUAGAAGAGAGUACAACGAAGGUCUUCUUGAUGCCGAGGAAGCUAUAGUCAUCACUGAUGUACCUUGGGAAAAGGUUCCUGGUGCACUCUGUGUAUUGCAAGAAGCUGGUGAGACUGAGGUCGUUCUUCGGGUAGGAGAAGCUCUGCUCAAGGAGAGGUUGCCUAAAUCGUUCAAGCAAGACGUGGUUUUAGUUAUGGCGCUUGCGUUUGUGGACAUCUCGAGGGAUGCAAUGGCUUUGGAUCCACCUGAUUUUAUUACCGGUUAUGAGUUCGUUGAGGAAGCUCUGAAACUUUUGCAGGAGGAAGGAGCAAGCAGCCUUGCACCAGAUUUACGUGCACAAAUUGAUGAGACUUUGGAAGAGAUCACUCCACGUUAUGUCUUGGAGCUUCUUGGUUUACCGCUUGGUGACGAUUACGCAGGGAAAAGACAAGACGGUUUAAGCGGUGUACGCAAUAUUUUGUGGUCUGUUGGAGGAGGUGGAGCAUCAGCUGUCGUUGGGGGUUUAACACGUGAAAAAUUUAUGAAUGAGGCGUUUUUACGAAUGACAGCAGCUGAGCAGGUUGAUUUAUUUGUAGCUACCCCGAGUAAUAUUCCAGCAGAGUCAUUUGAAGUUUACGAAGUUGCGCUUGCGCUUGUGGCUCAAGCUUUUAUAGGUAAGAAGCCCCACCUUUUACAGGAUGCUGAUAAGCAAUUCCAGCAACUUCAGCAUGCUAAUGUAAUGGCUAUGGAGAUUCCCGCGAUGUUGUAUGAUCCACGAAAUAAUUGGGAGGUAGACUUUGGUCUGGAAAGGGGACUUUGUGCACUGCUUAUAGGCAAAGUUGACGAAUGUCGUAUGUGGUUGGGCUUAGACAGUGAGGAUUCACAGUAUAGGAAUCCAGCUAUUGUGGAGUUUGUCUUGGAGAAUUCAAAUCGUGAUGACAAUCAUGAUCUCCCUGGACUUUGCAAACUAUUGGAAACCUGGUUGGCAGGGGUUGUCUUUCCUAGAUUCAGAGACACUAAAGAUAAGAAUUUUAAACUUGGGGAUUAUUAUGAUGAUCCCAUGGUUUUGAGUUACUUGGAAAGGGUGGAGGUAGUUCAGGGUUCUCCAUUAGCUGCUGCUGCAGCUAUGGCAAGGAUGGGAGCCGAGCAUGUCAAGGCUAGUGCUAUGCAGGCACUGCAGAAAGUUUUUCCUUCUCGCUAUUCAGAUGGAAUCGGGACUGAACCCAAGGAUGUGCAAGAGACAGCGUUUACUGUAGAUCCUGUUGGUAACAGGGUAGGACAUGAUGAUGAGACUGUUGUUUCUACUGGAGAAGCAGAAAGACUGUCUGAGAACUUUGAUACAAAUGAUUAUGCGAUUCGAUCUGGGGUCUCAAAGAGUAGCAUUGAUGCAGUUACCGCUGAAAAGUCCGUUGCUGAUAAGGUAAAGGAGGUAAGUGUGAAGGUUCUAUCUGCUGGUGUUGUUAUUGGAAUGAUUUCACUGGCCGGCCUGAGGUUUUUGCCGCUUAAAAGCAGCUCAUCUUUUCAACGCAAGGAUAUGGCUUCUUCAACAGCAUCUGACAUUGCCACCGUAGGAUCAGUGAAAGCUGAGGAUUCAGAAGCACUUCCCAGAAUGGAUGCAAGGACUGCAGAGAGUCUAGUCUGCAAGUGGCAGAAGAUAAAGUCCCAGGCUUUUGGGCGUGAUCAUUGCAUAGAAAAAUUGCCAGAGGUUUUGGAUGGGCGAAUGCUGAAGAUCUGGACGGACAGAGCAACUGAAACUGCGCAGCUUGGGCUGGUCUAUGAUUAUACUCUGUUGAAAGUGUCCGUUGACAGUGUGACUGUCUCAGCGGAUGGAACCCGUGCUCUAGUGGAAGCAACUCUCGAGGAGUCUGCUUGUCUAUCUGAUUUGGUUCAUCCAGAAAACAAUGCUACAGAUGUCAGAACCUACACAACAAGAUACGAAGCUUUCUGGUCCAAGACAGGCUGGAAAAUCACGGAAGGCUCUGUUCUUACAUCAUAAUAUGCUAGUAUGUAGCAUACCUGAGCUUAUGAUAUUCGCUUUGUUUUGUAAAUUCUCCGUCUAAGUUAGUGGUUAUAAAUGAACACGAAAUAUUCAGGUUCUUGUCACUCUCUCCUCCUUUGUCUAUAUGAUAAUAUAAGUUCUACAAUU